UGGCAGAAGGACAGUGUGAGUUAGCUGCGGAAGCAUUGUGUCAGGCAUAUCUACAGCUGCGACAAUGGACUGACCUAUUGACUGCCCUACCAUGCCUGAGUCAUGCUCCCGCUCUUGCUGCCUUACUGCACCUGGAGUGUGAUCAUCAAGGAGCAGGGAAGGAACUGCUUCCCACUCUUGCACAACAUACGCCUGACUGCCCAGAAGCAUGGUAUCGUAUUGGACAAUUGUACAACACAGAAUGCUCGUAUGAUCUCGCCUGCACUGCCUUUCUCAAGUGUGCAAAACUGGCACCUCAUUGGUACACUGCUUAUCUCCAACUGGGUCACAUCUACGCCAGAUCCAAUGCGACACUGGACAAGGCGAGACGGUGCUACCAGCGGGCCCUGGCACUCAACCCAGCACAUAGCCCCACGCAGAUGGCACUGAGUGACACAUACCGAGCGUUAGGAGACGGGAAAAGUAACCUGUCACUAUUGGAGGAUAUAUCACAGAGGCCAGAGGGUCGCUGGGCCUGUGCCAGACUGGGUCUGCAGUACUGGGACCUGGGGGACACAUCAGCAGCUAUCAACUGUCUUCGAGCUGCCCUCAAAUCUGACCCUGACAACAGUCACAUGUGGGAAGCUUUGGCAGAUGCUUAUAUGGCCAGAGGAGCUAAUGGAUCUGCGUUGAAAUCGUACCAGAAAGUGUUGGAAUUGAAACCAGGAGCUUUUUAUCCAGCAUUACAAAUUGCUACCAUUAAACAGAUGACAGAGCUGGCGGAUGAGAGUUUGUUGGAGUUUAGAGAACUUGUGAUGGCCCAGCCUGCCUCCCCCCUGGCACUGAAGGGGUUGUGUGAGACUUGUUUAUACCUGGCUCGAGAACACCUCACCACCCGGCUCAUGGGCUUGGCACGUGACCGUCUACAGGAGGGCCUCAUUGCCAUCGCCAGUGCGGUGCAGCUACGGCCAGAUCUAGCCUGCCUGUGGAAGCUUGCAGGAGAAUGUCUGACAUUAGCUGGAUCCCUACCUCGGUCGUGGCACUAUCUCACAGUGCCUGAGGUCCUGAGGUCAAAGUCAGCUAGUGAGGCCACUCAGCAAGGUCUCCAGCUGCUACAGCUAGGCGCACGUUGCUUGUGCCGGUGUCUCAAGCUGAUGUCAGGAGAGGGACAAGCUGCUGUAUGGCACGACCUUGCCCUCAACUACAGACAACAGGUGGAACUAUCUGACACUAGGGACGGCAUAUGUCAACGUGCAUUGGCUGCUGCCAAGGAGAGUGUCACUCUGGAUCCAGGCAGUUGGCAACACUGGAACCAGCUCGGAAUUGUUGCUGCUUUACCAGAAGUGAGGAAGUUCAAGUUGGCACAACAUGCAUUCAUCAAAGCUACUAUGCUGGAUAACACUGUGGCAGCACCAUGGAGUAACCUGGGCUGUUUUGUACUUAAGGCUAGAUGAACUUAAACUGGCCAACGCAGCGUUCAGUGCAGCGCAGCGGACUGACUCCGAAUAUUGCCCUAGUUGGGUCGGCCAGGCGCUGAUAGCGGAGCGGGUACAGAACGAGGAGACAAUGGAUCUGUUCCGACAUACCACACAGCUCGGUUACCAUCCAGAGUCCAGCCUGGGCUACGGCCAGUGGGUGUGUCAGACACUGCGACAGGCCACCAAUGAUCCCC